AGAGGACAUCGUAGCGCCCGCAUAGACUUCAGCCCGACUGCCCAGAAACUUAAGUGCUUUUUCCCCGCUCUGGGUCUUCGCCACCUCCAGGCCCUGCCGGGCCAAAUCUCUGUCCCCCAGCCCAUCGAAGCCAAGCCUGGACCAUCGCUGGUCCCACCCUCAGCUGGAUCUCACUCUCCAAGUGUCUCUGAGGAAUAAUGUUGGCAGCUCUGCUGAUCGCCCUCAGCUGCCUCAGCCUCCACACCCUCGGCAGCGGUGUCCGCCCGUCUGUCCCCUGGCAGAAUAUUUCCAUCCAGAACCUGAGCCUGGCUCCAGAUACAUUCGAUGAUGCCUAUGUGGGCUGCUCGGAGGAGAUGGAGGAGAAAGCAGUGCUUCUGUUAGAGAAGGAGAUGGCCAACCAUCCCCUGCUGCGAGAGUCCUGGAAGACAGCCCAGAAGGCCUGGGAGCAAAAACGUCCAGGGCUCAUUCUGCCUCCUGGCUUCAGAAGCCAGCACGGAAUCGCCAUCAUGGUCUACACCAACUCAUCCAACACUUUGUACCGGGAGCUGAACCAGGCUGUGCGGACAGGCGGUGGCUCCUGGGAGUCCUACAUGAACCACUUCCCUUUCAAGGCCCUGCAUUUCUACCUGACCCGGGCCCUGCAGCUGCUGCGGGGUGGUGGGGGCUGCAGCAGGGAACCUGGGCAGGCGGUGUUCCGUGGCGUGGGCACCAUUCACUUUGAACCCAAGAGUGUGGGGGACUCUAUCCGCUUGGGCCAGUUUACCUCCAGUUCCCUGGAUGAGACAGUGGCCCGUGGAUUUGGUAAUGCCACUUUCUUCUCUCUAAGGACUUGCUUUGGGGCCCCAAUCCAGGCCCUGUCUGUCUUUCCUAAACAGCAUGAGGUGCUGAUCCCCCCGCAUGAAGUCUUCGUGGUGACGGGUUUCUCUAAGGAUGGAAACAGAAGCCUGGUGACUCUCUCCAGCAGUGAUCAGAUGUGCAGCCACUUUAACUGCGCCUAUCUGGGUGAGAAGAAGAGGCCGAGCUGUGAGUCUGUGCUAACAGGCGGGCAGGCAGACUCACUCUCCAAGGCCUUUUCUCUGCUCUCCUGGAAGACCCUGCUCUUGGCCUCUUGGGGGUUCCAGCUCUUAGGAGCUGGGCUCUGAAUGUUCAAUGCCUGCCACUCAGGAGUCCUGGGAACAUGUGACCUCCAGAUGAAGAAGGGAGGCUUCGAAGAGCCUGGAGAAGCAACAAGAUGGUUUCAGACCCAGACCUAGCAGCCAUGUCUUCAACCAGGAUGUCGGGGGAUCUGAGGCCAUGGUAGGGUGGAGGGAACCCUGCUCUGUGGUGGGGACUCCUUGGAACAAGCAAGGGUACUGCUGUGAUGGCUACUCCAUUAAACAGUGCUGCAGUGUG